AUGGAGCUUCUGUUUGGGGUUUUGCUGGGUUUGAUUCUGGCGGCAGCUUCAUCCGCGCAGAACAACUGUACCUGCGCAACCAACAAGUGGAUGGUAUGUGCCCAGGACGGAUCUGGGAACUGCACGUGCACGCUGGUAGGUUCAAAUCGCAAGGUAGACUGUUCAACACUGACUUCAAAAUGCUUGCUGAUGAAGGCAGAAAUGAUCCCCCUGAAGGAGAAGCGCUUCUGAGGCCAUCCCCGUGGGCUGCUAGAUAAUGAGGGCAUUUACAAUCCAGACUGCAAGGACAGUGGUAUCUUCAAAGCCAGGUAGUGCAAUCAAACUGAUACUUGCUGGUGUGUGAACACUGCCGGAGUAAGAAGAAUCGAAAAGGGUGACAAAAGCCUGAGUUGCAGUGAACUGGUUAGAACAAGCUGGAUCUGCAUUGAACUGAAGCACAAAAAAAAGUCCAGGGCCUUCAAUGUUCCCGACGUAGCGAACGCCCUGAAACAUCAGUUUGAGAGCCAAUACAAACUGCACUCCAGGUACAUCGCAGCCAAGUAUGAUUCCCUACUUAGCCAAAUCCGCCUCAACCAGUGUGAUUGGCAGAAAUCUAGGUGUGAGGUAGAUAAAGCUGAUGUAGCCUAUUACUUUGAAAAAGAUAUAAAAGAUGAGUCCAUAUUUCAUUCUAACAGUACGUUAACUGUCUCUGUCAAUGGAGAUGCUCUGGAUAUUGAAAAACUACGUAUUUACUAUGCUGAUGAAAAGCCACCAGAGUUUUGCAUGAGACAGCUGGUUGCUGACGUUUGUGCUGCGAUGACAGUGGUGAUACUGACUGCUGGCUUUCGCAUCACUGUGCUGGUUAUUCUGAGGUGGCUGUGGACAAGAAAAUAUGAGAAAGUUGAGAUUAAAGAAAUGGGUGAAGGAAAAGCACCAAGCUUACAGCUGCCCUGA